AUGACUGCUAGAGCAUUUCUCCCUGAUCAUACGAAGAAAGAAAAAGAGACUGCACGAAAGCGUGGUCCCAGCUUACAGAAGAAGACGAAGCAGUUAGGGGAGAUAGCCAGAAUACGCACACUUACCCUGUAUGAAGAUCCAACGCAUGGUGUUUGGCACGUUGCGAUGCACUGUCCCACUGGCAAGUCAUUCCCGGAUCUCAAUGCACUGGUGAAUGAGUUUUCGAAAGCCGGCGAACCACCGAAAGUGCGUGACGUCAGCGGGUGUCGUCCGGGCCGCGCUGCCACCAUCUCUCGAAAGACCAACAUUUCAGGCCGGCAUCGCAGGGCGCGAAAAGCCGCCGACGUCCCCCAGAGUAUCUACGAUGUACCGGACGACGACGAUGACGAAGCAUAUCCUGCGCCUAUCACUUGCACAUCACCGAGCAGAGAAGCGAGCCUUGACGAAUAUACGGUGGCAGAGGCUGCCACAGUGGGAGAGACCAAUACAGUGGGAGAGACCAAUACAGUGGGAGAGAUCAACAUGAUCGGAGAGAUCAACAUGAUCGGAGAGACCGAUGCGGCGGGAGAGACUGAUUAUACAGUAGGCCUGGAGCAUACUGCGAUUUGGGCUGAUGAGAUGGCGGGCAUGGAAGACACGGUGGCCUGGGAAGCUGGCGCCGGGACGGGCAUGGAGGGUUGGGACGUGGGAGGCCUGGAGACGGAGAACCCGGAUCUGGCAUGGGAUUCAUCAACUGCCCCCGAGGUGGCCAGCCACCCCCUCCAACAAAACAACACAAAACACUACGAAACACAGCAAGGCGAGCUGUCCAGAAAAUGGGCAUGGUAUGCUCUCAUGGAGGCACUCGCCCAGCAGCGGCGACUCUACUUUAAAACCGAUGUACUCGUCCGCAAGAGUAUCCCAGCAGGGCCCAGUCCGCCGCGGUGCCACGAAGUAGUCCGCCACCGCCUCCCACCAGCAGCCCAGGCCACAAGCGCUGAGCACGCAGCGGACUGGACCAUCAGUAGGCUUGCUCUCCCGUUUGCCGGUGUUGUGUGCAUAUUCGUCAAAGACAUUGCUGGCGGUCUCCGUAGCAUCGCCCGGCAUCUUGCCUCGUGGCUGUCUGACGGGCCUCCAUCCGACAGUCCCGUGCUUCCCCGGCUGCUUCUCAUCGACGAAGAAUCAGAUGGCAAGUCGGAAAAGCAGAUCAUUUUAGAGCUCAGCGACUGUCUCGAUGAAGUCUGUCGUUCGGGCUCGUCCUUGUUGACACGAUUCGCCGGCAUUAGCGUCGCUGGACUCGGCAUGACAGGGACUCCGCACGAACGACCGGAUUGGCAGGAUUUCCGCGCCAAAUUAGCAACAGGUGUGAGCGGCGUGCAGGAGAGGCGUGAGCAGACAGGACGCAUAUUAUCUGCCAAGACACUUUGUAGAAUGAUGGAGCGGGCGUCGAGUACUGUCUCAUCCGUGCCAGCGCCGUUGGACCUGCCGCUAGCGACGCGCGUGAAGCGCCCUGUAAGCCAAUAUCUCGAAGCGGGUGUGGUUGAUUUGCUUGACCAUGUUGACUCCACCGAGAUGUUGGAGUUCUUCGCCAUUCCCGUCGUAGCUUCCAGCAUCAUUUUUGACCAUUAUAUGCGGGAUAUGCAUCUCUUCGACAUCGCCGAAGUUUUCGACAAGCUCUACCGGUCACAUAUCGACCGUGUCUUCCACAAAUUUACUUCGACCUCGGACGACAGCAGGAAGCUGAAGCUUUCGUCCAGUCUUGACUUCUUGGACUUGCUGAUGAAAAGUCUAGGAAGUCAAUUCAGAGAGUUUCGCGGGCAACGCCGAUCAGCAUUGCUCUACCAUGCCGACAAGCUCAUCUCAUUCCAGCAAAGGUGGAAGAAGAUCCGCUCCUCUGAUACAUGCUUCAGCUGCCUCAAGAAGCGCCCGCAACACGAGCUGCCGUGCAAACACUGGAUAUGCGCGGCCUGCUACGACCACUUCUCAGUCAAGAGCUGUAGCGGCCGGAACCUGCCUCGCUGCGUUCUCUGCGGAGAGGAAAUAGAGGGGGCACUGCGGAUACGAAAGAAGCCGGAAACGGCCUUACCUCGAGUCCUCUGCGUGGAUGGUGGAGGAGCGAGGGCUGGCAAGCCGCUCGCGUCUCUCAAAGCGCUGAGAGACAAGAUCGGCCUCGGCGGAUACCCUGUACAGGAUCAUUUUGACGUAAUCUUCGGCACCUCAUCAGUUGCGUGCGCUCUUGCGGACGGCAAAUCCGUCGACGAGUGCGUCGAGCUGUUCGAGGCCAUGGCGCAAGACACGUUCCAGCAGCGCGAAGUGUCCAGCUACCCGUUCGGCUGGACUACGAUCGGCCGGCGGUUCUGGCGAUGCGCCUUGACUCUAUUCUGGGACAGCAACACUGACUUAGACUACGAACAAAGCGGCGCUGUCGUGGCAGCCUAG